AUGAAGAAGUUGCAGGAGAACCCUAAGUGGCGCGGAGAGAGGGACGCAGGGUCAGGAGCCCCCCGCAAGACUACCGAGAAGCAGGACAGGGACGUCGUGAAGUGGGCGGUGGCCAACCGAGGCAAGACGAAAGUGACCGUGAGCCGUUUGAAGAAGCAGUUCCCGUUCCUGAGGAAGCUGUCUGACACGCUCGUGGAAGAUCGCCUUGCCGAGGCCGACCUCGCGUGGCUCAGGCGCCGCAACAAGACGAUUGUGGUUGCCCAGCAUCGGGCCGCUCGGGUGGCCUACUGUCAGAGCGUGAAGCGGAAGCACCAGACCACGCUAGAGAGGUGGGCCUACGUGGAUGGAACCACGUACUAUUUGGACAGGACCGCCGAUGAACACGAACACACAGUGCGCAGGUCUCUAGGGUCACAUGUGUGGAGAAAGUCUGACAACAGUGACGCGUUGUAUGCGGACUGCGUCGGCCCGUCGUCUUACAACAAGGCUCAGGGCCAGCCGGUGCGGGUCUGGGGGAUGCUUGCCUCUGGCGUCCUGAACAUACACGUGCUUGACGAAGGCGAGGUGAUGGACCGCUCCGUGUACGUGGAGCUGAUAGAAGACAAGUUCGAUGAGUGGAGCUUGAACUGUGAAUUUGUGGUGUGCGAUUAUGAAAGGUGCUUGCGCACGCCAGAGGCUUUGCAGGCCCUCAAUCGCAGCGGCAUGAAGCUGGUGGAAGAGUACCCGAAAGACACUGCUGCGAGGGAGAAGGUCCAGGCACUUGCACACCAGGUCGAGUCUUCCAACGCCGACGCAGCAAAGAAGGCGGAGGUGGCCGCAGCGUUCAAGGCCUACGAGGCCACGUGGCCACCCGAGGAGGACGAGGAAGACGAGGAGGACGAGGUGGUCGGCUUCCGGCUGCGUGGCACCAGCUUCUUGCUCACCUACAACUGGGACUUCUUUGGCACAGAUUUCCCCGACGGUACCCCAGCGGCGGCGUCUGCAGAGGACCUGUGGCAGCUGUGGAAGGACUUCAAGGGCCAGAAGAAGAAGGACUUGCAGGUCAAGAAGAGCACCAGCACGCUUGAAGCUUCUCUCCACAGCGACCUCCCCGGGAGGGUGCACUUUCACUGGAAGGUGGACGUCGCGGCAGCCUUGGACGAACCCAACACGGCUUGUUUCGCUUUUCACGGCGUCAAGCCAGACGCCCGCAGACCCUUCGUUCCACCUGGUACAAAAGCAGCCAGGGGCGCCAACUUUACAGAGUCGACCAACAGAGGUCACUUCUACUGCUGGGCCCCGAAGACGGGUUCGCUGUACAAGGGAACAAACUGGAAACCGUGGGUGAAGUACAGGGUCAUGGGGAAGUGGGUGGACGACCUGUGGUCCGACGACAAGCUCGACAACGACACCUACGAGGCCCUCGCGCUGCGGGUCCGCGUGGGCUUCGCAGACAGGAAGCGCAACGUCGAGGCUGUCCGUGCGGGCGAGAAGGAGGCUUGGAUCGACGAGCGGAUCUCUCUGGUAGAUGCUGCGCUGGACACGAUCCGCGCCCCCUUCCGCACUUUCCCGGCCGUGCGGCAGUGGGAAGACUCGUUCCUCGCCCUCGACUUUCGGUGGAAGCUGUUGGCUCUUGUGGCCGACAGUGCUUCCGGGAAGUCGAACUACGCAGAGAGCCUCUUCAGCAAGCCGCUGGUGCUGACAGUCGAGGAGGCGGAGCACCUGGACCUCCGAAGCUUCCAGUGCGACGAGCACGACGGGUUGGUGCUGGACAACUGCAACUCGUGGGCGCAGCUGCUCCGGUGGAGGGCGGCGUUGCAGGCGAGGAACAGCAAGUCCCGCGGGGGCCAAAGCGCCACCAACGUGUACGCGUACCCUCAGUACUUGUACGGUGUCGCCGUGGUGGCGACGGUCGACUGGGACGCGCCGGACUCUUACUUGGUGGACGGAGCCUCGCCCUGGCGCUCUCGCUGGCUCUGCAAGAACACAGUCCUCGUGCGGCUGGCAGAGGGCGAGGCCUUCUACGACAAGACGAAGGUCCCAACUGAGAAGGUCGACAACACUUUCUCUGCUUUCGCACGGACGGUGAAGCGCAGGCGCCUAGCCGAGCAGCAGCAGGAAGACUAG